CCGGGUGGGACCUCCUGGCUUUGCCAUUGCACCGCCAGCUCACCACGCGGAGCACGCACCAGCCUAUAAAUUUUAUAUUGUGCCUGAAACAAACCUGCAACUGAAGAGAUCAAGAUGAGCCUUAAUUCAUCUACCGAAGGGACUGUUAAAAGAAUCCAUGUUGACUGCCCCGUUUCAGGAAGGCAUGCCUAUAUAUACAUUAUGGUUCCAACUGUUUACAGCAUCAUCUUUAUUGUAGGCAUAUUCGGUAACAGCUUGGUGGUCAUUGUCAUUUGCUUCUACCUGAAAUUAAAGACUGUGGCUAGUGUCUUUCUGUUGAACUUAGCCCUGGCUGACUUAUGUUUCCUAAUGACAUUGCCACUGUGGGCAGCCUACACAGCCAUGGAAUACCACUGGCCUUUUGGGAACUGUUUAUGUAAAUUAGCAUCAGCUGUGGUAAGUUUCAACCUGUAUGCCAGUGUGUUUCUACUCACAUGUCUUAGCAUUGACCGUUACCUGGCUAUAGUACAUCCAAUGAAGUCCCGACUUAAGCGCACCAUGCUUGUUGCCAAAAUAACUUGCAUUGGCAUCUGGCUGCUAGCAGGAUUGGCUAGUUUGCCUGUCCUAAUUCACCGUGAUGUAUUUUUUGUCGAGAAUAUGAAUAUGACAAUUUGUGCUUUUCGGUACGAAACCCAUAAUACAACACUGCCUGUUGAGCUCGGUUUAUUUAAGAACAUGUUGGGUUUUUUAAUUCCCUUUUUGAUAAUUUUAACAAGCUACACCUUAAUCUGGAAGACGCUGAAGAAGGCUUACGAAAUUCAGAAAAACAAGACCAGAAAUGAUGAGAUUUUUAAGAUAAUUGUGGCAAUAGUACUUUUCUUCUUCUUUUCCUGGAUUCCUCAUCAAGUGUUUACCUUUCUGGAUGUAUUAAUCCAGCUAGGUAUCAUAAAAAAAUGCCAAGUUGUUGAUGUUGUGGAUACAGCUAUGCCCUUCACCAUCUGCAUAGCGUACUUCAACAAUUGCUUGAAUCCCUUUCUUUAUGGUUUUUUUGGAAAAAAAUUUAAAAAAUAUUUCCUGCAGCUACUAAAAUACAUUCCACCAAAUGUCAGAGCACAUCCAAGUCUAACAACAAAAAUGAGUUCCCUUUCCUUUCGACCAUCAGAAAACUUAAGUUUAUCCAUGAAAAAGACUUUUGGGACUUUUGACAUUGAGUGAUGUCUUUUUGUGCUAUAUGUUUCUAGAGCAACCUUGCAUAUGAAAUAGCAAGAGUGUCAAAGUUCACCUACAGUCCUGACCAUCACAGCUUACUGCUCAUUAUUACUAAGACAUUAAAUCAUCUACUAGAAAUCAUCUUUGGAAGAUUUAGCAGUGGCCUUUUAUAUUGUCAAGAGGACUGUUUGUUAUUUUUAUUUGAAGCAACCCAAGAAGGUGGCAGUCUUUUGGCAUCCUGCCUCCGAGCUCAGGACUUUGGAAGAAGUGCACAUGAUGCUCCUGGAAAGAUCUCAGAACUCAGGUUAAGGCAUGAUCAUUUGUGAAUUAUAUGAACUCGGCAGAAUUUACUUUCAACACACAUAAGCAAUUCUAAGCUAACCAUUUGGAAUUGUUAUACAAAAAGUGUUGCCAGAGUCAAAACAGAAUAUUUUUCUUUCACAUGAUAUUUGGUGGGGAUUGUGGAGAACAGAGUUUUAUGUCUGAAAUAUGAAAGAGAUCCAUUUUUCCUUGAUACAAAUAUAGUGCAUCAUUACAUUUAUAAUACACCCAGUUGGUGAAAAUAUAUAUAUUCUACAUAUGCAGGUCUCACUCCCAUCUCAGACUGAGAUUUAAGAACUUCAAAACUGUGUUCACAUAUAUUUUUGCUAUCAUUAUUCAUUUUAAACA